AUGAACUUUGUGUACACCAACACUAUGGAUGCUUUCCCUCAGCAAGCCUUCUACAACACAUCAGCCAUGGCCAACAGCCAAUGGCUCCUUCAACAACCGAAGGACUCGGGCUAUGCCAGUGACGAUCACAACCUCUUUGAGAAGGCUUUCGAGUCGCAACUUCCCAGCAUUCCUCAAGUCACAUCAAACCACAUGAGCCAACAAACACCCAUGUCCGCCUUCUCCGACUCAUCAUGCUCUGAAUCAUCGAGCAACGGUAGCCACAGCAGCCCUUUCGAGUAUGCAGACUCUCUUUGCACACCUUCAAAUUAUGACUCUCACUGGAAUCCUUAUGAGAGCCUCGACUUGAGCGUCAAGAAGCUCUCCAUCGAUGCUGGCAUCACAUCCAUGACUGGUUACUGCGAUAUCGAUUCCAUGCUCACAGCCGCCUACCACAACACAAGUGCUUCGCAACCUAAGCGCUUCAGUGCCUUCUCUCAAUCACCUCCUCGCUCCACUACGUCAGACCAUCAAACUCGUCCCCAACAACAAGACAGCUCGGUGGAAGUACCAUCAUCGCCAGUGCUUGGCCGCCCAAGGGGCAGCAGAGUGGACCACCAGAAAGUUGAGCAAAGGUACCGAGCCAAUCUUUCUGAUAACUUCGAACGCUUGCGCAACUCUGUGCCUGAGAUCGCCACUAUGCAACCUGCACGAAGCGGGCAACCUCCUAAGCCUUCGAAGGCCGAGGUGCUUGCAGCAGCCGCUGAGUACAUCAGGCAACUCGAAGAAGAGAACGACAUGCUCCGAGAAAGUAUGAUGAACGCUGCUGCUGGCGAACUUAGAAGAAAGAGAGCCAAGACUGGCUGA